UGAGACCAUUUGGUUUGAAUACACAAGGCCGUGUUGUACAUUGGGAGUAUUGGUCAUUCUCGAUACUUGUGUUUAUAAUUAUAAAUUUGUAACAAUGUCAGGCCAGAACAUGGACGAUGUGUACAACGGACUUCCAAAGCAAUUUAUUGCCUCCCUAAAGAUUCUUUUUGACAUUCUAGAUGAAGAGCAUACCGGUUCGAUACGACUUAGAGACAUCGAAAGCAGAUGGAGCGACGAGGGUGUACGAGAUCUACCCACGGGCGUUGUGGAAGGGCUGCGUAAAGUAACCCCUCCCAAUGGUUUACUUACAUUUGAAGGUUUCGUUGCUGGCCUAAAGAUGGCUUUAAUUCAAGGUAAAGAACAAGGGAAGCGUCGUUCAGUGAGUGGCACAAAUAAUUACAUAAUACAAAAAGAAAACCGAAUUCCGCCAGGUAACAUUCCAUUCUCUAGUCGUCCUGCAGAUCGAAUCCCGAUCGUUACAGCCGGAUCUUCAACAAACUAUCCACUUCAUGGAGACCUAGGUACUCGUCAGCAAGAUUCACACAAUUCUUCAGAUCAACACAAACAGGGAACAGCCAGUUCGCUGCGUUCCACGACAUUAUACUCGACUUCAGUGAAACACCAGAUCGAUGGCAACAGCAACAAUAAUACCCGACCUGCAACCGCAGCUGUCAAACCGCAACCGCACAACAGCGCGAACGGUUAUCGUCGCAGUAAUAAUCCGCCAUCCUCUAACAUUUACGAGACGACAACAGGCCACCCCUACCAUACUCAACAGCUGCGACCCCCACCCAGACCAGAGAGGUCGUUUAAUCCUGGCAUCAGGAAAUCGGCAUCAGGGUCUGACUUGAAUCCCCCGAAAGUUCCUCCGCGUGAUGCUAGUAAGAAUCGUCAGAUCCUAAGCGAGCUGAAGAGUUGGCAACAAGACUGGGACGAUGCCCAGCAGAGGGCAGUUCCAGCAGGCAACAGAGAAAGACCUCACUUGAAGGGGGAUAAUGGGGGAAGUUCAGUCCAUGAUAUCUCUUCCCAUGCUAUUUAUGCCAACAUAGAGCAGUUUCAAAGAAAGCCAACAGAGGAUCGAGCACAAGGGCAGUCCCAGAGUCCAGGCAAGGCCUCGGUGCGGCGCCAUGGUUCAGGCAGACGUCACACCCUCCAAAAUGGUGUGGACCACAACAUGAUAAAACGCAUGCAGCAGUUGGAAGAGGAGGCUACUAUGCUGAAGACGGGAUUAGAAAUGGUAGAUGUGGCAAGAGACUGGUACCUUCGGCAGAUUACAGUUGUGCAAGAGAAGCAAAAAAUGCUGGGCAAGGUUAACUACAAUGAUAACUCACUGGAGGCCCACCAGGAGCGUAUGAAUUUCCAGAAAGCUCGCAUUGCAGAGGUCAACAUGCAGCUGCGAACCCUUGUAGAGAGCUCAGAAAAGGGUUUUCCCCUACAUAUGAAUCUUGCUGUCACCUCAACGCUGAGCCCUCAUUCUAGUGAUGCAACAAUUAAGAUGCUGAAAGAACAAAAUAGACGUCUUACACAGGAGGUAAGAGAGAGGUCAGAUAAAAUUGCAAAGCUUGACCAGGAAAAGGCCAGUCUUAUACGUGAAUUGUUUGAGGCAAGAACCAAGCACAAAUCAAGCUAUGAUGAUACCACCUUUAUGUGACAGUGUUGGGGUAAAAUGUGUCCACUGUCAAACUGCAAAUGUCUGCAAUUAACUUUUUUUCACGCCUGUGGUCUGGGAACUGCUUACAACUUAUGGCCAAUGAGCCAAGUUCAUUUGCUGUGUGUUAAGGAUGGUACAUGUCUGAACUAUUUAAAUCUCAAAUUUUGAUUUAUCAUAAGAUGCCUGCCUAUUCCUUAUUUAGUCCUAAAUUUUGAUGUUUUCCAUGCAGAUGUGUGUGUUCUCUUUAAGCUGUAGAUUGCCCACUGCUUUUAUUUAAGUGCCAGAUAUUAUUUGGUCUCGACAUGGUGCACAAUGAACUUCACAGUUGAAAAUGGCGAAGCGCAAAUUUCUGACAAAAUAAUGCUAUUACAUAAAUAACCAUUUUGCUAGUGGAACAGCCCAUUUGGUUUAAAGAGAUCUUCAGCCAGGUUCUUUUCCAUACCUACUGUAAAAUCACGAUCUAGAACAGUGAACAGUGAUGUUGGAUAAUGAAUUCUAGAAGCUCCCUUAUUCAGUGUAGAUUGUUAAGCAGAAUACGAGUCAACCACCUUCUAGUGAAGCAUCAUGCUGUGUAAGUUUACAAAUCAUGGAUCUACAUCCUUGUCUUUAGUGAUGAAACUCUAUUUCACCAACACAUUCAUACACCGAGUAUUCUGGCAUGUAGAAGCUUGCCAAUAAAACCUGUUGUGGAUCUCAUGACCUGUCAGAUAGGUUUUGUUAGGGUGGACCGGCAUUGCAGCAGCUUGUCUUUUAACAAAUUUUUAAAAGUGUCAUACAAGAAUUUUUUUUUUGAGUGACUGUCACAACUAUUUCUAUCUGGGUAAUCUGCAGAUUAUAAAUUUUAAACAGGCUCUCAUUUGCCAAAGUUCGGAUACAGUUAAAACUGGUCCACUCAGUAGAAAUAAUAUUUUAGAUGCAAAGACAUAAGUAUGACUUUUGACAUUUUCAUACCUUGUGUUCAAGCCACAUAUUCACUUGUGUCAUUUCUGUUUAAAGAGGAACUUCUUCUCUCUCUCUUUUUUUUUUUUGUAAAACACUUAUGAUGGAUGCAGAGUAAAAGAUGCAUUCUUAAGAAAUUGCUUGCAUUCAUUGACAUCUGUAAUAGACUAUGAACGUGUUCAAGUAUGGCACUGUGCUGGUUUCGCUAUUUGUUUGCAUCUAGACUUGUGGCAGAUUAAGGGCCUGUAAAACAUUGACCUGAAUUUCCUAUGUCAAAAGCUUAUUUUGUAUGGCUGGCUUUUUUUCCCCCCAAGUCUUAGCAUUCCACAAGAGAACUGUUUUUAGUGUACCAUUGUUUGCUACAUGUGAAAUUGUACAAAUAAAUUUGCUUGAAUGAUA